CCAGACAUUCGCCUUUUCAAUUAGCUGAUCCUCAGCACCUGAGACUGGAGUCUCAAUGUCGAAGAAUCAGUAUGAGUGCGCUUGUUGGCUACGAUAGCAGUAGCGGCGACGAAGAUGAGACUCUCCCCACAAAACCUCAGCGACUUCCAAGCCCUACUCAAGCCAAGGAGAUUGUUCCGACACCAACUGCAGUAUCUGCUCACCACAGAGAUACUCCCAAUCAGGCCCAUGUAUCUAUCUCGGGACCAGACUCAUCUGUGGCACCUGUAAUGGGACCAGCCUUACCACCGCCCAAUAAUGACAACACUGAUAUAGAGGGGACACCGUCAAGGGAGCCAACAGAUGGGUACUCUGAGCGUGAUGCUGUUCGAUAUCUCACUCAACCUUCACAUCCCAUGACUUCUCUCCCAGAGUCGCCCGCGGGCUCUCCCAAUCCUCCAGUCGAGGCCAAAUUCAGGAAGUUUCUCGAUCUCAAAGCUAAGGGAGUUCAUUUUAAUGAAGACUUGGGUAGAAAGUCCACCUUUCGAAACCCAAGCCUUUUGUCUACCUUGAUGGAUAGGGCAGGCCUGAACGGUGAUGAUCAGUACAAAACAUCAGUCCCAACCUCUAUCUGGGACCCUGUCCACAUCCCACCGUACGCCUUCAAAGAAGAAUUAUUGCGCACUCAGCAGACUCUACGUGAGCAGGAGCUUGCGACGAAGAGAACGCUCUCUUCAGCAGGCAAAAGAAGAAUAGAAUUUACCUCGGGAAAUCCAUGAUCUCACGUUGGGAUGACAUGGCGCCAUGAAAUUUGCAGAAGCGCCAGUCCAUAACGAGCUGGGGACAUACAUUGCACUCAGCAGCUAGUUACGGAUCCCUUGUUGGGUGAAUCUGCCGAAAUGAGACACUGGCAGCCAACCGAAACGUGCCAAAAAUGUGCCACCUUGGCCCUUUGCAAGGGCGAGCACUUUCUUUUGCGAUUGCCGUCUCAAACAACAGUGGCUUCAGCCCUUGUCAAUCGAGAACCGCGGACGAACGCCAAAUGCGCUAGUAGUCGACACUUCACGCAUGCAAACCCUUUGGAUACGUGUCAAUUAAUAUGACUGGCUAUGGUGCCGAGGUCUGAUGUACAUAUGGGCAAAUUCCAUCAAAGAUAGUGCCUUUUUCAAGGAGCGGCAAACAUCUAGGAAUCGGCACUCAAGAGAUGCCCAGACAGCGGGCAGGCGUGGCAUCACACGUGAUUGCCGACCUGUCACAAUUUUUGGCAAAGGAUUAAUCUUUAUCAGGGCAAUGCUUAGGCGGCACAUGACUUGGCAGAUAAGGUACUCGCCAAGGAUACAAAUAUGAUUAUGCAGUAGAGGUAUUUUGUUGAUACAGAUUGAAAGAUGUUCAGAGGGCUUCACCAUCUACAAACACCAGUUGUGCAAUGAGUAUCAUUGGGGUAGAAUCAUGGGGAAAGUCGCUUAUUCAGAGGCACGCCAGGGUCGGAAACGGCUGGGAAAGAUGCGAGUAAAGCCGAUUGCAAAAAUGGAGCCACCGCACAAUCCGCU